AUGCGGUCCCACCAGCUUCUCGUCGCCGUCGCGGCCCUCGUCCCCGCGGCCCUGUCGUGGCAGCCGUCGACGCGCCUGUCGGGCGUGCCGAGCGCUCUGUCGACGCGGAGCGCCCGCACGUCCCUGCGCAUGAGCGACGUCGACACGGAGGAGGCGGAGAUCAUGGCCGACGCGGAGAAGAUCGCCAAGACGAAGCGGUCGAACAUGUUCAACGAGAACGGCGUCGCCUACGCGCCCUGGAUGGUCAACCAGGUCGACGAGGACGCCGUCAACAUCGCGCGCGCGAUGCGCAAGGACAAGAAGCGCGUCGAGCGCCUGGCCAUGCUCGAGAAGCAGGGCACGGUGAACAUCCUCGACGCGGCGACGUCCGAGCUCUCCGGCAUCGGCCUCAAGGCCAAGUGCGUCGACGACGGCGAGGUCGAGCUGCUCUGGGGCACGAACGACGAGGAGGACAACAAGGGCUUCGUCGUCGAGAAGAAGCUCGUGGGCCGCUCCGAGUGGGAGGAGGUCGCGUCCUACAGCUCCUGGAGCCCGCUCAAGAGCAAGGGCACGCUCGGCGGCGCCUACAGCUACGUCGACGUCACCGCGGAGGAGGGCGAGUGGCUCUACCGCGUCGUCGCGGAGCAGGUCGACAACACGCGGGCAAUCACGUGCCAGGUCGGCAUCUCCGUCGAGUCCGCCGGCCAGGCCCUCCAGACCAAGAUCAUCGUCGGCGCCGCCGCCGUGCUCGGCGUCGGCUUCCUCGCCGCGGGCGCGCUCCUCGACCCGAUCCGCGGCGGCGUGCGCGCCGUGCGCACGCUCCGGCGGAAGGCGUCGCCGGAGAGCCUGGAGCUGCUCGAGCAGCUGGAGACGCUGCUCGAGGACCGGAGCCGCCUCGACAAGUUCAGCGCCGACGCCUUCGGGCCCAGUGUCCUGGACCUCGAGGACUACGACGAGGGGUUCCGGAGCGACGACCCCGACGACCUGGAGGUCGUGCUCGACCGGGCGCGGGCCGCGCAGGACGCGCUCGACGCCUUCUGCCUCGCGGCGGCCGCGGCCGCGGGUCUGGGGCCCGAAGCGUACGAGCGGGCCCGGCGGAAGGGCUUCGGCCGCGCGGCCGACAAGGUGCGCGCGGACUACGACGGCGACGCCCAGCGGCUCCGCGACGGCGCGCGCGGCUCGCUGGUCGCGGAGACCGAGGGCGACCUCGCGCGGCUCCUGCGGACGCUCAUGCGGAGCAACGGGGACACCGCGCGCGUCGUCCGCUUCGCGAACCGGUUCCGGCGGCCGCCCUUCACGGGCUACCGCGACGCGCUCUUCACCGUGCGCCUCGGCGACGGCGGGCGCGCGCCGGUCCUCGCCGAGGUCCAGGUCCACUACGGGCCCCUCGCGGACUCGGCGCGACUCGCGUUCCGGGCCUACUUCCGGCGGGGCCGCGCCGCCGAGAAGCUCGACGUGCUGCGCCGGCUCGCCGAGCGCGCCUCGCCGGACUUCCAGGCCGGCGUCGAGGCCGCGCUCGCGGGCGACGACGGCGACCUCCUCGCGCGGACGUGCUCGAGCGUUCGUGGCGACGUCGAGCUCGCGGUCGCCGCGCGGCGGCGCCUCGUCGACCUGGCUGUGGACGCGUCGGGCAAGGGGUCCCUGGCCCACGCCGCGGCGCUCGAGGGCGAGGCGCUCGUCCUCGAGGCCGAGGGCCGCCUCGAGGACGCGGCGCCGCUGCUCGAGUCCGUCCUCGCCAUGCGCGAGGCCGCGCUCGGGCCGUCGCACGCGCGCGUCGCCGACGCCGCGCGGCGCCUCGCGCGGCUGCGGCGCGCCGACGGGGACACGGCCGGCGCGCUCGCGCUCCACCGGCGCGACCUCGCGAUCCGCGAGGCCGCGGCGCCGCGGUCGCGCGCCGCGGCGACGAGCCUGAACAACCUCGCGGAGGCCCUCGCGGGCGACGACCCCGGCGCGGCGGCGGCGCUCCUCGAGCGCGCCUGCGCCAUCUGGGAGGCCGCGGGCGAGGACCUGGAGUUCGCGACGGCGUCGUCGAACCUGGCGAGGUGCCUCGACGACGGCGGCCGCGGCGACGCCGCGGCCGCGGCGGCGCGGCGCGCGCUCGCCGCGCUCGUCCGCGCCGUGGGCGACGGCGGGCCGGCCGUCGCGGCGUGCCACCACGCGCUCGGCGUGAUCCUCCGCGACGGCGACGAGGCCGAGGCCGCGUUCGAAAAAGCCGUUUCGCUCAAGGAGCGCCACUUCGGCUUCGGCCACCUGAGAGUCGCGGCGAGCUGGCGGGGUUUGGGCAAGGCGCGGCUGCGGGUGCGCAAGUUCGCCGAGGCGGAGCAGGCCUUCCGCCGCGACGUCGCCAUCUCCGAGGACAAGCUCGGACCCGACGCGCCGGAGCUCGCGGCGCGCUACAACAACUACGCCAUGCUCCUCUGGCGCCUCGGGCGGCCCGCCGAGGCCGCGCCCUUCCAGGAGAAGGGUCUCGCCAUCAAGCGGCGCCUCGGCGACGCCGCCGCGGAGCGCACCUACGACGGCGAGCUCGACGGCAUGCUCGCGGGGGAGCCCUACCCCUACGGCGGGCGCGCGGCCUGA